ACCUCCAUACAAUUCAACAAACAAACUCACAACAAACCCACACAUCCAAUUCCUUUAACGUUACUGAACAAUAGUGAGUGUGACCUUUCGCCUAAGCUAAACUUCAAUCUUACUCUCUUCCCCUUUUUUCAGGUUAUAUAUUCAUAUAUUCAUCUCAUCCUCCAAAAUCAAAAUUCCAAAUCAAAUCCAACAAACAAACACUUACAAUGCCCGAACCGCGACCCGUUCUGAAACCCGCCGGAAACAGAGUGACGGUUGUUUCUUUGGACAACGUGCCCAAACACAAGAACCAGAACCACGUAAAGACUCCACAGCGCUUCAGAAACCUAGCACCGCAAAUUCCAAAUGCCGUUGCGCCAAGCAACGUGUCUUUGGACACCACGUGUUCCUCGGAUUCGUGUUCAAGCAGCUCACCACUCAAAAAGGUGAAUCCCGCAACUGCAAGCAGGAGAAGCGUGAACCGUAACGGGUUUAAGCCGGUUAGGGUUGUGCCCGACGCCGUUGACGUAGCCACUACCGUGUCUCCGCCUCCCAAGAGAUGUGAAUGGAUCACUCAACAUUCAGAUCCCCUUUACACUGCUUUCCAUGAUGAAGAAUGGGGUGUUCCAAUUAACAAUGAUAGAAAACUCUUUGAACUUCUGGUAUUUUCACAAGCAUUGGCAGAACAUCGAUGGCCAACAAUUCUUAACCAGAGAGACAUAUUCAGGAAGCUUUUUGAAAAUUUUGAUCCAUCAUCAGUUGCACAGUUUACAGAAAAGAAGUUGCUAACACUGAAAAUAAACGACAGCUCAUUGUUAUCAGAGCCAAAGCUCCGUGCCAUUGUGGAAAAUGCUAAACAAUUACUUAAGGUUCAGCAGGAGUUUGGGUCGUUCAGCAAUUACUGCUGGAGAUUUGUUAACCACAAACAGAUAAGAAAUGAAUUCAGAUAUGGACGUCAAGUACCAGUGAAGACUCCAAAAGCAGAAGUCAUAAGCAAGGACAUGAUGCGUAGAGGUUUUCAGUGUGUGGGGCCGACUGUGGUUUAUUCGUUCAUGCAAGUAGCAGGACUUGUUAAUGACCACCUCUUGACGUGCUUCAGGCACCAGGAAUGCAAUGUGACAACCAAAAACGAAUUUGAAACCGAGGUUAAGGAGAAUAAGGUACAAAAUGAAACUUCGGAGCUGACAUAAACAAAAUGACUGAAGGCAUGGUCCAUUUUUUACUUGUAAUUGUAUUGUACGCUAGUUUGUCUGUGUCACCUAACCUAACCAGAAAAUAAUAGGCCCCAUAUAGUUAUUGCGGUUCCCAUGUGAAGGUGCAUGUUUCUUUGACUACACUUAGCUGAUAAGUUGUUGUUCUGUUCCGGUGUUCUCUGUAAUCAAUUUCCAACUUAGUAUGGCCACCAUGUAGAAUUGAUCAUGCAAUGCUCCCAUGUCCACUAUAUUUCAUAUUCAUCCACGUUUUUGGAAUAUUCUCUUUUAUAACCUAAUCGAUAAUAAGGGAGAACCGUUAGAAACUCCCAUCUCAGGGGGCUUUUGCGUUGGUUCUUAGUCUGCGUCCUUGCCUUGACCAUCGUGGGUUUCCUCUGGCAAUUUUCUGACUUAUCCUCAUUCACUUCACAAACCGAUAUUAUGUUUGAAAAUGAUUAGUUUGAGAAAAUAUACUUUUUCAAAAUACGUCAAUUUGAUAAUAUCUAUAAUAAGUACGAAAUCCGUGAGGUGGUUAAUGGUCACCUGUUUUGAAUAUAUAUUUAAAAUUCUAUUUAGAAGUUGGGUUUUGUGAUUCUGACAGACUGGAAUCAAGUCCAUCAAACAGGACAAUGUGAGUGCAUUGUUUUUGCUAAACAUGGAUCUCUGACCAUUUUAAGAAUUUGGAUUCCCGUUGGUUUUUCAAGUGUUGU